GCCUGGUGGGCCGGGUCCGAUUGGCUGCGGGCGGGUGUCGGGCGCGCGCCCCGCAUGGGGGCGGGGGGGGGGGGGGUGGGGGGUGGCCGGGCCGGGUGCGCGUGCCCGCUGUGCGCUCCGCGCUGGGGCUCCGUGAGGAGGUGUCUGAAGGAGGGAGCUAUGUAGGAGGUGCCUGGGCGCUCAGGGAGGUUCCGAGGCGAUAAGUGGAGAGGAUGUGGGAAUGGAAGGGGUAAAGUCGCCAGUGCUCUCAGGGUGUUCCAGGGGAGAGACUCGGCACCCUCCUCCUGCGGGGAAGGGGGAUUGAGCACCCCAGUUCUAUUUCAUUAACAAACUAACAACAAAGUGAAGGACAGAACCAAACCCAACCCAACCCAGUGGCCCGAGGAUGGAGUUUCAGUAGCCAACCACAGCUGGACUCUUGGGGGAAGAGGGUUCGUGCACGCUGGCUCACGCACACAUGAAGAGAGUCUCCAAGUUGUUUGGCUUCACGAAGAGAUAAGGCCGGUCGAGCUCAAUGUUUUUAAAGGUGGGCCGUGUAUGAUGAAACCCAACGUCUUUUAAAGUGUAGCAGAUUUCAUUUUUAUGGCCAAAUGACAGCUUGACCCAGUUGUUAUCCAAUCAAAGGGCAUUUUUUUGAAUGUCUCUUUGUGGCACAACAGCCAACGCAAAAAUGAUGGCGGCUUACAAUGGCGGUACGUCUGCGGCGGCAGCAGGUCACCACCACCACCAUCACCACCACCUUCCUCACCUCCCUCCUCCUCACCUCCAUCACCACCACCACCCUCAGCAUCACUUGCACCCCGGCUCUGCAGCUGCGGUCCAUCCCGUGCAGCAGCAUGCCUCUUCGGCGGCUGCAGCCGCGGCGGCUGCGGCUGCAGCGGCGGCGAUGUUAAACCCGGGGCAGCAGCAGCCGUAUUUCCCAUCCCCGGCACCGGGCCAGGCCCCUGGACCAGCUGCAGCAGCCCCAGCUCAGGUACAAGCUGCAGCAGCCGCUGCAGUUAAAGCGCACCAUCAUCAGCACUCACAACAUCCACAGCAGCAACUGGACAUUGAGCCGGACAGACCUAUUGGAUAUGGAGCCUUUGGGGUUGUCUGGUCAGUAACAGAUCCACGCGAUGGAAAGAGAGUUGCACUCAAAAAGAUGCCCAACGUCUUCCAAAAUUUGGUCUCCUGUAAAAGGGUCUUCCGGGAGUUGAAGAUGUUGUGUUUUUUUAAGCAUGACAAUGUACUCUCUGCCCUCGACAUACUCCAGCCUCCACACAUUGACUAUUUUGAAGAAAUAUACGUUGUCACUGAGUUGAUGCAGAGUGACCUCCAUAAGAUUAUCGUCUCUCCUCAGCCACUCAGCUCGGAUCAUGUCAAAGUUUUUCUUUACCAGAUUUUAAGAGGUCUGAAAUAUCUCCAUUCUGCUGGCAUUCUACAUCGAGACAUUAAACCAGGGAACCUACUCGUGAACAGCAACUGUGUUCUGAAGAUUUGUGAUUUUGGAUUGGCCAGGGUGGAAGAGUUAGAUGAAUCUCGACACAUGACUCAGGAAGUUGUCACCCAGUAUUACCGAGCUCCAGAGAUCCUGAUGGGCAGCCGCCACUACAGCAAUGCUAUUGACAUCUGGUCUGUAGGCUGCAUCUUUGCAGAGUUACUUGGGCGAAGAAUCUUGUUUCAGGCACAGAGUCCCAUCCAGCAGCUGGAUUUGAUCACAGACCUGCUGGGAACGCCGUCACUGGAAGCGAUGAGGACGGCUUGUGAAGGCGCCAAGGCACACAUACUCAGGGGUCCUCAUAAACAGCCAUCUCUUCCUGUCCUAUAUACACUCUCCAGUCAAGCUACACACGAAGCAGUUCAUCUCCUUUGCAGAAUGUUGGUCUUUGAUCCAUCCAAAAGGAUAUCUGCUAAGGAUGCCUUAGCCCACCCAUACCUCGACGAAGGGCGGUUGCGAUACCACACUUGUAUGUGUAAAUGUUGCUUCUCCACCUCCACUGGAAGAGUUUAUACGAGUGACUUUGAACCCAUCACUAACCCCAAGUUUGAUGACACUUUUGAGAAGAACCUCAGUUCUGUUCGGCAGGUGAAAGAAAUAAUUCAUCAGUUCAUUCUGGAACAGCAGAAAGGAAACAGAGUGCCUCUCUGCAUCAACCCUCAGUCUGCUGCUUUUAAGAGCUUUAUUAGUUCCACGGUUGCUCAGCCAUCCGAGAUGCCGCCAUCUCCAUUGGUCUGGGAGUGAAGUGGAAGAGAAUAAACUACUGAAGAUGUAAUGUAGCUUUCCACUGGAGCCUGGGAUUUGCAAUUCUGGAGGUUAAUCAUGCUUGUACUGUAAUUUUACUAAUGAAGUUUUAAAUUAACAACCACUACUUGUACAAUAUGAAUGAUAUUUAGAGCCGUACUAGACUUUUAAUCUUGUAAAGUGGUUGUGCUUUUAGAAGAGAAUAUUUCCCCCAGAGCUGCACGUGUUUGAUGAAUUGUGGUGCAGCUGCGGUGGCUCAGCUCGGAACAAACGGAAUCGAACCAAAUUUGGGGAGGGUUUGUCUUUUCUUUUCCUUUCUGUUUUCUAUUGCAGUGAGUCUGUACAAACACCUUUUGAUAUUGAGCCAUUCCUGAGGAUUUUGGGUUUUCUAAAACUAAGGAAUACAGAAAACUUGACUGCGACCAAUCAUGAAGUCACGUCGGGCGAUGGCACGUCCCCGACCGAGCCCUAUAAAUAGCUUCUCACUAGAGCUGUGAUGGUGAUGUGUGCUGUUCUAAAACCAGAUGUUGUGAGUAGAGAGAAUGAGUUUGUGACUAGGAGAGACUAAACUUCUGUUUCCUCACCCAGUAUAAAUAUAUAUAUAUAUUUAAUCUAUUUUUAUUAGAAGGUUUUCUGCUCUUUCUUACAUGAAACCCCCCAGCAUGCAUCUCUGUGUGUAAAUAAUGCCAUUGAUGGGCUGAUUUGGGCGCUCCCCGGCAUCGUUGCUGUAUAGAGAGGAACUAGCUUGCACAUUUUAGGUCUGUGAAACUUUGUGAGAACCUUUUCCUGCACUGGAGAGUUGAGGAAAAAAAAAAAAGGAAAAAAAAAAAAGGAAAAAAAUGGGGAAAAAAAAAAAAAAAAAGCCCAUGGGGAAUUCUGUGACUUGGUGUUCGUGGCUUUAGGCAGAGCUGUGCAAGUCUUGAGAUGUCACCGUAGGACCUGACUUUGGUUACCGUUUGGCUCAUUGUUUUUCUGUUGGAACACUGAAUUCUGUGCAUAUGUAUAUAUGUGAACACAACUGAAGGCCUCUACCUCCUGGAGUGUACAACUUGCUUUGUUUACCUCCACAUGAGUUUUGUUUUUUUAAGUUCAGCGUGGAGACUCGAAACUUGAAUGUCCCAACUUUUGUAUUUAAACCGAGACAGGAAAAACCCGCGCCUGUUUUUCACCCGUACCAAGGGAUCCGCAAGGGUGGUCUGAGCCUGGGAGCAGCGGUCUGGAGGGAACGCGUGUGUUUGUUACGGACAAUUAACUGUUAAAGUUAUUGUAAGUUAUCUGUAUUUAGCAGAGUAUUUUCAACACGAGUGAUCUGAGCUGCAACUGGAGACUGUCAGUAAGUUAUGUUUGGAAGUUUUAACUUCAAUGAAGUAAUUAUUUGCUGUGAAAGAGAGGAAUAAGGUGGGAUAACGGAACAAAGAUGGGGCGAUGUCUUUGUUUCUGUACGAGGCUCCUGAGAAUAAAACCAACUGAAGCAUUUCAGUUCACUUGAAUGAGAACCGUGUGUAAUUCCAGAGCCCAGGGCGACACUGGUGUGACAGGUAAAAUCUCAGAGGUUGGUCAGUUAAUGUGGCACACUUGCUGGUCACUUUGUAAAGUGUAGAUUUGAAGUACAGUGGUGAAAACAUUAAAUGUGACAUUUGAAACCGGA